AUGAUCUGGCCCACACUUGAUGACCGCGUUCAUGACGCGCAACACACGUCGAAGCUGAGAAUCCCUGUGCUCGCCGCCCUCCCCAUCGCCUUCUCCCACCCGACCAUCGACUUCUCCAAUGUCAGCGUACCUCUCCCCAUGCCGCCAAAAGCCUCUCGCGCGGCACCGGCGGAAGUAAACGGACGGCGGCGGCUCGGCAGCGGCUAUGGGGGCACACACGGCAGCAGGAUUGGGGGCACGCACGGCGCGGCUAUGGGGGCGUGCACGCACGGCAGCGGAUACGGGGCGCGUCCGGCAGCGAAAAAUGGGGCGCGCACGCUGCGCCCUUCGUCACUGCAUCGCCACCGUCUCGCCUCUGUAUACGCCCUGGACCUGACCUUGUCGCGACGUACACUGCCUGCAUGUCUAUUUACGCGUUCGAAUUCCUUCGCGCAACGCCUCAGCGCCUCCAUGUACGAAGCGCUACCCUCUUCCUAUGCCGCUGCCCGCACCACGAAGUCGAUCACCACCAUCCGCCCCGAUCAUGCACAAGCACUACCGCGGACCCGGCGCACGCGUCUGUCUCUGUCAGCAUCCGCGGAAGCAAAAGAUUUCUUCACGCGCCUCCACCUGGAUGACUACAUACUCCCUCGCGCCUGCCAUCUCGCCUCCUUCGCCUCUGGGAUGACCACGUCGCCUGGUGUAGCCCCAUCUAUCAGGAGACUGGAACAACCCCAUCUACCAGGGGACUGGAAUAACCCCAUGCUCCUGAUCUACCUGGCCGGCCCAUAAAAACUCACCCCAUCCACCUAUCCAAACCUCACGCCAUUGCCUGGACUCAGGAACCCAGCCCGCCUCGUCUUACCUCCGAGUUCACGGAAGGUUUCCAUCCUGUGUGCGUUUGUAGAGUCGCCGGUUACGAACAUUAUCAACAGACGUUACGAACAUAAUCAACAGACGAACAUGCAAAAAUCAGAUGCUCAAUCAAGUUGCUCGAGAUCUGUCUCUGAACGGG